UUUUCCUCAGAUGGAGUUGCAGGACGUGAUCAGCUCUUGGCUCGGCAAAGAAUGCACAGCAUGAUCAGCUCAGUGGAUGUGAAAUCAGAAGUUCCUCUCGGAUUAGAACCAGUCACACCAUUAGACUUGCGAACAGAUCUCAGGAUGAUGGUACCUAUAGUGGACCCCUUGAUGCGGGAGAAGCAGCUACAGCAGGAGUUACUCCUUAUCCAGCAGCAGCAGCAGAUUCAGAAGCAGCUUUUGAUAGAAGAAUUUCAGAAACAGCAUGAGAACUUGACGCGACAGCACCAGGCACAGAUCCAAGAGCACAUAAAGUUACAACAGGAACUCUUAGCCAUUAAGCAACAACAGGAACUUCUUGAAAAAGAACAGAAACUUGAACAACAGAGGCAAGAACAGGAAUUGGAGAGACAUCGCAGAGAGCAGCUUCCACCAAUCAAAAGCAAAGAAAGAAGCAGAGAAAGAGCAGUAGCCAGUACUGAAGUGAAGCAGAAACUUCAAGAGUUCCUACUGAGUAAAUCAGCAACAAAAGACUCACUAUCUAAUGGAAAGAAUCAUUCCACUAGCCGGCACCCCAAGCUCUGGUACACGGCUGCCCACCAUACCUCACUGGAUCAAAGUUCUCCUCCCCUUUGUGGGACAUCUCCUUCAUAUAAAUACACAUUGCCAGGAGCACAAGAUGCCAAGGAUGAUUUUCCACUCCGCAAAACUGCCUCCGAGCCCAACUUGAAAGUUCGCUCCAGGUUAAAACAAAAAGUAACAGAAAGGAGAAGCAGCCCUUUACUCAGAAGGAAGGAUGGAACAGUGGUCUGCUCAUUCAAGAAAAGAUUAUUUGAGGUGACAGAGUCAUCAGUAGGUAGCAGUUCCCCAGGAUCAGGUCCUAGUUCACCAAGUAAUGGCCCUACAGGAAAUACAGAGAAUGAAACAUCAGUAUUGCCAUCAAAUUCCCAAACUGAGGAUAUGGUUCCACAACAUCGCAUUCUCAUCAAUGAAGAAUCAAUGAACCUUUUGAGUCUCUAUACAUCUCCUUCUUUACCUAACAUCACUUUAGGACUUCCGGCAGUACAACCACCACUCACAGUGUCAUCGCCAUUUAAAGAAAAACAAAAGAAUGAGGCUCAGACAAUCAGGCAAGGAGUGGCCAUGUCUAGUCAGUACAGGGGGACCAUCUCUUCACCUUCAGGCCCUCAGCCCAUUGUCCUAGAGGGGAAGCCAAACAAUAGCCAUCAGGCUCUCUUGCAACAUUUGCUAUUGAAGGAACAAAUGAGGCAGCAAAAACUUCUAACCACAGGUACAGUGCCUGUUCAUCCACAGUCACCACUGGCAACAAAAGAAAGAGUCUCCCCUAGCCUAAGAGUUGCACAUAAGUUACCUCGACACAGGCCACUAAACCGAACUCAGUCGGCUCCCCUCCCUCAAAGCACCUUGGCUCAACUUGUCAUUCAACAACAGCAUCAGCAGUUUCUGGAGAAGCAGAAACAGUAUCAACAACAGAUUCACAUGAACAAAAUGCUUUCUAAGUCUAUAGAACAAUUAAAACAACCUGGCAGUUUAGAAGAAGCUGAAGAAGAACUUCAAGGAGAACAUUUGAUGCAGGAAGAAAGAGCUCCCCCUGUUGGUACCAGCAUUAGGGAUGACAGCAGUAGUAUUUCCUUGGACAGCAGACUGGGACAACCUUUGGGGGCUGUGAAGGUGAAAGAGGAACCAAGGGACAGUGGUGAUGAUACUCAAAAUCAGCAAAUGGAAUCUGGGGAGAAGGCUGCUUUUAUGCAACAGCAGGAGGUCCUGGAGCAACAGCAUAUACAGCAGUUGCAAGUGUAUCAGGCUCAGAUGGCUACAGUUGGCGUGGUGCGUUUAGAUGAGCACCAGCCUAGUGCCAGGACACAGACUUCCCUGACAACUCUUGCAUUAACUCACCCAACGGUGGAUCAGCCUGUUCAGCAAACCUCCAUGACUGGUGUUGCAUAUGACACACUAAUGUUGAAGCACCAGUGUUUGUGUGGCAAUUAUACCAACCACCCCGAGCAUGCUGGAAGAAUACAAAGCAUCUGGUCAAGGUUGCAAGAAAGUGGGCUGCUAAACAAGUGUGAGCGGAUUCGAGGUCGAAAAGCCAGUUUGGAAGAAAUACAGCUGGUUCAUUCCGAACAUCAUUCACUGCUCUAUGGCACCAGUCCCCUGAACAGACAGAAGCUGGACCCCAGGAAAAUCCUAGGCAGUGCACCUCAAAACCCUUUUUCCUUGCUGCCCUGUGGGGGUCUUGGAGUGGACAGUGACACCAUUUGGAAUGAGCUGCAUUCGUCCGGUGCUGCACGCAUGGCUGUUGGCUGUGUCAUCGAAUUGGCUUCCAAAGUAGCCUCAGGAGAGCUGAAGAACGGCUUUGCUAUUGUGAGGCCCCCAGGCCAUCAUGCUGAAGAAUCAACAGCCAUGGGGUUCUGCUUUUUUAAUUCGGUUGCAAUUACUGCCAAAUACUUGAGAGACAAGCUAAAUAUAGGCAAGAUAUUGAUUGUAGAUCUGGAUGUUCACCAUGGCAACGGUACACAGCAGGCUUUUUAUUCUGACCCCAGCAUCCUGUAUGUCUCCCUCCAUCGCUAUGAUGAAGGCAACUUCUUCCCUGGCAGCGGUGCCCCAAAUGAGGUUGGAAGUGGCCCUGGUGAAGGUUUUAAUAUAAAUAUUGCUUGGACAGGUGGCCUAGAUCCCCCCAUGGGAGAUGUGGAGUACCUCACCGCAUACAGGACAGUGAUUAUGCCGAUCGCUUCUGAGUUCAACCCAGACGUUGUAUUAGUAUCAGCUGGCUUUGAUGCUGUGGAAGGCCAUGAACCUCCUCUAGGCGGGUACAAGGUGACAGCAAAAUGUUUUGGUCACCUCAUCAAACAGCUGUUGACACUAGCAGGUGGUCGCCUGGUGCUAGCCCUGGAAGGAGGCCAUGAUCUUACUGCCAUCUGUGAUGCAUCAGAAGCUUGUCUAAAUGCUUUGCUGGGAAACGAGUUGGAACCCUUCUCUGAAGACAUCCUUCAUCAAACACCUAAUGUGAAUGCAAUGGUUUCUUUGCAAAAAUCCACUGCAAUUCAUAGGAAGUACUGGAAGUCUGUGAAGCCUUAUCUCGUGCCAGUUAGCUGUAAGAUGGCUGAGACUCAAGAGAGAGAAGAGACAGAGGCGGUCUCAGCCAUGGCCUUACUUUCAGUGGAUGUUGAGCAGUCUUUUCCACAAGAGCAUGGCAGAGCUGCUGGCGAGCCUAUGGAAGAAGAGUCAGCCUUGUGAAGUGCCAAGUCCUCCCCUGAUAUUUCCUGAUUUAUGUGAUACAACCUUAUUUUUUGGUAUAAACACAGCAAUACCAAAGUGACAGGUCCACUCAUCUAUCAAGAAGGAUGGAUAGAUUUGUGAAGAUCUGCACAUAGAGAUGA